AGCAGCGCUAUCUUUAUUGUUUAGUAGGCAGAAUUUGAAUAUAUUUUAGUUUUGUGACUGCAAUUGACAAUACAGAUACACUGGUUGACUUGCAAUCAAUGAUUGAAGAAAGAAUAGGAAAGUGUGAAUAUAAGGCAAUGUUAUAUCAAAUAUCCCCAACAGUGAAUGCCAAUAAAUAAUAAUAACCUACAUGAGAAAUUAACCUAGAUAACAAGAGUGCAUAAAGUGACUACCAUAUCUCCGGAACACAUUUCUUAUCCAGAGGCAGAGAGGAGAAUGGGAAACCCCAUUAGCAGCAGCAUCAGUGUCCUCCAAUACUGGCUAGUUUACCAUCCAAAUAUCCUGAAUUUCACAUGGAACCCUCCUCAAACCCCAGCUUCUUCUCCACUAUUCCUCUGUAUUGCCAUAGCUUCUUACCUCUUCCUCGCUCUCUUCCUCCUCCUUCUCCCUCUCCCACCUUUCCCUCCUAGCUUCCUCAAACCCCUCACCGCACUCCACAACCUAACUCUCUCCAUCCUCUCCCUCACUAUGGCUAUUGGCACCUCCCUAACCAUCCUCACACACACCCCCAACCUCCGCUCCACCAUAUGCUUCCCUCCUCAAACCCCUCCAAGUGGACCCCUCUUCUUUUGGGCCUACAUCUUCUACCUCUCCAAAUUUCUUGAAUUCCUCGACACUCUCUUCAUCAUACUCUCGCGCUCCAUCAAACGGCUCUCAUUUCUCCACGUGUACCAUCACUCCACCGUUCCCCUCAUGUCUUAUCUAUGGCUCCAUUCCUCUCAAUCGCUUUUCCCAAUCGCGCUUCUAACUAACUCAUCCGUCCACGUCAUCAUGUACUCUUACUACUUCCUCACCGUUAUCGGAAUUCGACCGCCGUGGAAGCGCGCCGUCACCGACUGUCAGAUUGUUCAGUUUGUAUUCAGCUUCGCCGCCUCCGGUGUCAUGCUUUAUUACCACUUCUCUGGAUCUGGUGUUGGUUGCUCUGGAAUGAAGGCUUGGUGCUUCAACGCUGUUUUCAAUGCUUCUCUUUUGGCUCUUUUUCUUGAUUUUCAUCUCAAGAGUUAUGCUAAUGUUAAGAACAAACGCAACGAUAAAGACUCGUGACCUGUCACCAUCAUCAUCACUCUUAGGUUUCAUCAUUCUAUUGUGUGAUUGGUAUUGCUAAUUUUUUUUUUUUACACUUUGUUGUUCAAUAGUUAUUAUUAUACGAUGCUCAAACAAUACUACCUGAUUAACUGUUUGAAUUUUUUUUUUUACCACUGUUUUUUCAUAACAAUGCAAUUGACACAUUUGUUAUUUCUUAAUCCAUUUUGUGUAGACAAAUAUAUUAUAUCCCCUCUUAGAAUUAGAAGGAAUCGAUCUAAUUUGCAUUA